ACCUUAUAAAUAAAUGCUAGGUAAGCACUCUACCAAUGAGAAGCAUCUCCACCCUUGGUUUCUUAAGUGGUAUAUGUGGGAAAAAAUCAGAAGAAUAUACAUCAGAAGAUGAACUGAGCUGGGCAUGGUGGCACACGUCUAUAACCCCAGUACUGGAGAGGCCGGAGCAGGCAUGGAUGGGCAGAAGCCUUUGCAGGUAUCAGAAGUUCACAUAUCAAAUACAUCUGCCCACAUGCGCCAGUUAUGCCUGUUACAUUAAAUAUGAAUAUGGCUAUGCCUUCUUGGUUUGAUAUUAUUGGACUUUCACCAGAUUCCCAGGAGGAUGAAUCUGGAAUUAAACAGGCAGCAGAAAAUGUAAAAGCUUUGAUAGAUCAAGAGGUGAAGAAUGGCAUCCCUUCUAACAGAAUUAUUUUGGGAGGAUUUUCUCAGGGAGGAGCUUUAUCUUUAUACGCUGCUCUCAACACACAGCAGAAACUGGCAGGUGUCACUGCACUCAGCUGCUGGCUUCCACUGCGGGCUUCGUUUCCACAGGGUCCUAUCAGUAGUGCUAAUAGAGAUAUUUCUAUUCUCCAAUGCCAUGGAGAUUGUGACCCUUUAGUUCCCCUAAUGUUUGGUUCUCUUACUUUUGAAAAACUAAAAACAUUGGUGAAUCCAGCCAAUGUAACUUUCAAAAUCUAUGAAGGCAUGAUGCACAGUUCAUGUCAGCAGGAAAUGAUGGAUGUCAAGCAAUUCAUUGAUAAACUCCUACCUCCAAUUGAUUGACUUCACGGAGAGGCCUUGUGUAGACUACACCAGCAUCAUUGUAGUAGAGUAUAAACCUUUUCCCAUGCCUGAUCUUAAAACUUCUAAUGUUUGCAGUGUUAAAAUGUUUUACAAAUACAUACCAAUGAUACAGACUAAAUAAUGUCUCAUGGGAAAUUUAUGAUCUUUUAAGUUUCUAUUCAUAUAUUUGUAUAAUACAAUCCAGAAUAUACUAGUAAAGUAGAUGAAGCAGUUAGCUUCUCUUUCUCAAAUGUAAUUCAGCAAAAUAAAAUAUUGCAACCAGAGUUUUUAUUGCAUCAUUUAGAAAUUACUAUUAUGCUUAAUGAAAAUUUGUUCAAGUAUAAAUGACAAUUAAGAUAUAAAUGACUUGUUAAUGCUGUGACUUAGACUGGAUUUACUCUACAGUUGUUUAGUCACCAUGCAGUGUCUGCAUUUUCAUAUAUGUAUUCAUAUAUACAUGGUAUUUGUAAUACGUAAAAAUUAGAUGGUAUUAAAUUAUUCCUAAUACUAGGGAUAAUACUUUUCAGUGUCAUAAAAGAGAAUAUUGCUCUCUCACUUAAUGGCCCUUUUAUUGGGGAUCUGAAUUUUCUUUCUCUGAUACUUCUAUUUAAUAUUUUUUCACCUCUCAAGAAACAAAGAUAUGUUUUUUUUUUUUUCCGUAGUAGACCAAAUAUUGCCUCUCUAUCAUAGAAAUCUGUCAAAAUAUACUCUAAUUUGGCAUUCUGAGUCACAGAUACAUGGUAUUUAAAGUAUAUGUACACUUCAAGAGACCAAACAUUACUUAUGCUUACUGUGCUACAUAUUUCAAGUAAGUGUACCGUAGUCCAAAUUUAGACCUAUAGUUAUCAGAAUCUUCAAUCCAGAUAAUAAUUCUUGUUUUAUUUUUCUGUAAACAACUGAAAAGUUAAAUCAAAUGUUGGUGUGUCCAGAAAUAAGUCUGGUUUUAAAAUCUAAUAUCUAAAAUAAUUAGGUCUCUGCUGCAGAGCCUUUUUACAUUUUCUGUACCUCUGUUUGAAACCGACUGCUGUCCAGGAUGAGCCACCCAUUAGAAACUUUAGGUUUAUUUUUAGCUGCCAACAAGUGAAUUUGAUAUUUUCAUUUUAGU